AUGGAAUUCCUUGAAGAACUAGAAGACCUAGUAAGAGAAGAUAACAUUAUGAUAAUUGGGGAUCUGAAUGCUCAGAUCAGCAUGGAUAUAAAUGGAUAUGAGGAGGUGAUGGGCCCUUUUGGAUACGGAAGAAGAAAUGUUGAGGUGAAGAAUGCAUUCUUCAAGAAACAAGAUAGCCAUAAGAUUACUAGAUAUGGCUGGGAUGACAACUCUAAGACAGUUAUAGACUAUAUAUUAACAGACAAAUUAACUGGAGGAAAAGUAAGGGACACUAAAGUCAUACCAAGUGAGCAAUGGGAUAGUAACUACAGGUUACAAGUGGCUGAUCUGAAUUAUAAGAUGAAAAGUUUGAAUGCUGUACAAAGAAUGCCAAAAAUUCAGGAGUGGAAGUUGAAAGAAGAAGAAAAUAAGAAAAGUUUCCAAAAUCUAGUAGCAAAAAAAAUGCCAAACACUGAGAGGGGUGGUGUAUAG